AUGCCACGAUAUGCUCCUCCAUCAGAGGAAAGCUCGUACCCGUUUGGCUAUAACGCAGUAGGUCAUAAUGACUAUCGAGAUGACGAUGAUGAUUGUAUAUUUCCUUCGUUCCCUGCACGGUCUAAGAAAAAAUGGGCUCGACCUACAACAACAGGACUUAUAUGGUUUGCACUUGUGGUACUCGGCUCCUACGUUGCAAUCGCCGUUGUUGUCACCGUCCUAUUUGCCGUGAAUACAGACAAUAAAGGUGUGCAUCAAGGAACCGCGGAAUACGCUCUGUAUAAGAAUACCAUGUUCAAAGAUUGUUAUGGCAAUCCCGCAGCUGACAACGCGAACAACUGCACUGUCAUCGACUCCUACUUGAAAAAAAGUGUGCCCGACCUUGCGUCGCAGGGGAUUUCAUACGCGGACAAGCUGGAAUACUACGAUGAAACUCUACCAGAUUAUCAGAGGACUUCGUACAGCUGGUGCCAAGUAGCGGGUUGCUUCAACGAUUAUAAGGUCGUCCCAAGCGAACCACGUUCUACAGCAUUUUGGGCGACCACCAUUGGAACGUCUACCGAGGUUUAUAUGAUACUGCUUGCGGCGUUGUGGCAGUUGUUAAAGCUCCACAAGGCCCAAUACACCGACGAGACGGAGUCAUGCACAAUGGUUGAAUUUGAUGUUUGGAUGAUCCAACUCUGGGAGCUGGUCUCGGUAGGUUGGUGGUGGUUCGACUUUGGGCGACACGUCACCGACCAAUCAACAUACCCAGCACCUGGGAUUCUUAGCUGGAUACCGUUUUGGAAGUAUGGUUAUCUGUUGAACUUUCAUCCUUAUUCGUGCGCCCUCAGAAAUAGCCCCAGGGCGGCGUUGGUGGGCAAGUGGCUGAUGAAUACGUUGGCAUUCGUGCAGUGGGUGAUUUCGGUUUACAUUUGGAAUUCCAACACAAACACCCAAUCCUCGUAUUCCACAUACGACUGUCUCGCUUCACAGAUACCAACUGCACCAGGAACCUCGACGUGUCCCGUGGAGCAAAUUUGUGCCCGAGAUCUCCUCUUUCGCUCUUACGACUUUGCCUUCUCUAACGAGAGUGUGGAUAUCACCGACCCCCAAAUUACGAUGUUUGUGGCCUUCUGUAUUUUGAGCGUCGGAGUCGUGGGAAGAUUCCUUCUGAUUGGCGUGUUGCCGGUGGUCCUGCAUCUGAUGGGGAAAGGAUCCAUUCAAAAACUGAGGGCCAAGGCGUACGAGCAUGAUAUCGGUUACGCUGGAAGCGUUGGAGGAGCGUCGCUUGUUUGUAUCAUUGUUGGGGGAUUUACCACUGCUGGCGCGAUACGCGCUUUCUGGCAUGGUCGUGAGAGUGCUUUUGUCAUUGACUGGACCUGCAAAACGGUGCAUGUCAAUCUGAGCGCUUGGCGAUAUUACUUGGAUGUGGAGUAUGAGCUACCAUUACGUGCGGUGAAGAUGUGGUUCAACGUUUAA